UAUUAGUUGAUGCCAUCUUGGCAUGGGAAGGUUCUCCGGUUAUGACCGAUGCUAAGUUGUCUAGCUUCCCAACCUCGCUCUGGUCAUGCUCGGUGUAGUUGUGGGAACUCUCCUAUUCACGUUAGCUGCGGCCAGAGGAGCUUAUAGAGUGUGUCAAGGAAACUGGCAAUGUCCGGAAGGGUUGCGAUUUUCGUCAGGGACGGGCGGGAGGGCCACGAUACCCUUCCCACAAGGAGCAGCUAUAUUAAAACCUGCCUCGAUGCGCCUGUCUCUGGAGGACGACCGAUAACCAAGUUGCCUCAGGGGCCUCGCAGCAAGCCACCGUUGCAUUCCCCAGUUUUAAUACUUCAAGAUUGCUGAUCCUUAGAUCAAUCGUUGAAGAUGCAAUACUCCGUGGGAACUGCUCUCCUAGUAUGCCUAGGCGUCAACGUUGGCGCUGGGUUGACUGCUAGGCUACCUAUACGGCAAGCUGCCGUUACGGUGACUGAGACCGUCACGUCGCCAACCCCGGCCCCGACCACGUACAAUUGGGCGGCGGGCGCCACCGAGCGGUAUCCCAUCCACAGUUCCUGCAACGCGACCCAGAGAGCCCUCCUGUCGCGGGGUCUCCACGAGGCCAUCACGCUCGCACAACAUGCGAAGCAACACAUCCUGCGGUUCAGAAGUUCCUCGAAAUUUUACGUUAAGUACUUCGGCGAGGCGCCCACCGCGGAAGCCGUCGGGUGGUACGAUAGGAUUGUGAAUGCUGACCGUGGUGGCAUCUGGUUCCGCUGCGAUGACAUCGACGGCAACUGCCAACAGCCUGGCCGGGCGGGACACUGGCGCGGAGAUAAUGCCACCCAGGAGACCGUCAUCUGCCCCCUUUCCUUCACGAGCCGCAUGCCGCUCGAGGGGCUUUGCGGUUACGGAUAUUCGGUUGCUGCCGGCAAGCUCAACUUCUAUUUCGGGUCCGACCUAGUCCACCGCCUGUACCAUCUCCCGGCCAUCGGCGAGGGGAUCGUCGAUCAUUACGCCGACACUUACAACGACUGCCUUGAGUUGGCUGUUAGCAACCCGGCCGAGGCGGUGCGCAACUCACAUACCUUACAAUACUUCGCCUUGGGUGUCUAUGCCUACGACAUCUCCCUCCCGGGCGAGGGCUGCACCGGGAAGGCUCCAGAGCCGGAGGCCCCCGCCGCGCCCUCGCCGACGACCGACUCGGGUGCCUCAGCCACCACCACCGCGGGCACGGAAUGCCACACUCACGCCGAUGGCACCGAGCACUGCACAUAGGUUAUAACUAUUCACUCUCAGCACGUCCCGACUUCGUAGUUGUCGAGCUGAAGGAGAACAGCCAGGGUUCACGAGUAUUGGUGACACUUGGGAAUGACAACUAAUAAUAUUUGACGGUCUACGCCUCAUUAUUCUUAGUAGAUACAUCCGGAUACGUCCCGCUCCUCCGAGUGGCUAAUCUUAUUCCAUUAUGGCAAAUGCGAGCCUCUAUGCUCAGGCUACCCAGUAUUCUUGCUGCUCCUCCCAUUGUCCUCUUGUGAACGACCCCUCAGACCGUUGUGCCAGUAUUAAAUAGGUAUCGGGAUGAGACUCUCUCGG